AUGAUGCGGUUCGAAAAGGAGGUGCAACAGAAGGAGAUACGGCAGGAGAUGAAGCUGCGAUUGGCGCGACUCCAACAGCAGCAGCAUCUCACACAGAACAAGCCGCAGAUCAUCAUUGGCGAAGCGUUGCUGCAACAUGGAGCCAUUAGUCGCGUCACCAUGGCCACGCCCAGUCCGUUAACGCCCAAUUCGUUGGACGAGCUGCUGCCGUCACUCGAUGAGAACCAGGAGUAUCCACCCAGAAUUGAGUCCACUUACAAGCAGCUUAUCCAACCCAAAGCAACAGCAGCAGCAAUAGCGGCAGCAACAACAACAGCAACGGCAGCAACCAAUACUAAUGGCUAUAAUGGUCCUUGUAGCUCAUCGACUGAGGCACUCUAAAAUUGAACGCGAUCUCGUUGAAGCGAUCCACAAGUCCUGUAUACAUAGUACACACAUAACAUAUAGUAUAUUACUUAUAUAGUAUAGUAUAGUGUAUGGGCACGAAAUCUAUCGAAAGUCUAGCGUUAUAUACAUAUAGUAUUGGAGUUCAGUUAAAGCUUAUUGUUAGUUCAUUGAAUUAAACGUCAAACGUGUUUAGUUUUAGCCAAUUAGAUUAUGUGUAACAUAGUAAGCGUCUCUCCUAAUCAAAGGCAAGAGCUAACCAACCUAUCAGUCAAGCCAUUCUUAAUAAAAAUUCGUGCUCGAAGUUGUAGUAUAAAUGCAUCAAACGCAUCUCCACACAUUUUAUACGUAUUUUCACGCAGUUUUGUAGAAAUUAUACAACAUUAAAUCAUCAUCAGAAUAUAAACAAGCACAGAUUAUAUUAUAUUUCAAAAAUGGCGACUCUAAGAAAUUGAUAAUUAUUUGAAAUACCGAGAAAGUUGAUUUUAAUUUCUAGAGAUAAUUCGAUAAUUUAAAUGUUUUCUGAUUAAUUUUUACAAAUGUUAUUCAAAGAAUAUAUUCAUUACAAAAAUGAAAUUUAAAUUUAACUGCAUUAAAAUUAAUGAAAAUUUAAAUAAAUAUUUGUUUGAGUUAAGUUUAGAUGAUAUAAAUUUAAUUACAUUGUUUUUUUAUUGGUUUACUCAAUACAACUACCUUUUUCCUUGAAAAAUUGUGAACACUUUCGAAAGGUAAAUGUAUCCAAACUCAUCUAUCAUAUAGUAUAGACUCAUUCACAUCCAAAUCAAAAGCCACACACCACGCACAACUCACAACACAUAUGCCGAGAGUAUAUACACUCGAUUUAGGAAUAAGCAUUAUAUUUACACGUAUGUAUGUAAUAAAUGAAUUAUAAUAGUUAAUUGUUAAUGCGAGUUUAGGAGUGCAAACCCUAAAGUUUAGUACUGAUUAAAUAUACGCAAAUGAAUUUAUAAAAUCGGUUUAUAUACAGUUUAUACAUAUACAUUCAUAAUUCUAUGGUAUACGUAUACCUAGCGAGUGCGAUGAAAAUAAUUAUACCUAAUAUAUAGUAUUUAUAAUAGGACUAAUGCUCGAUAAAAAAAAAAGAAACAAAAUUUAUCUGUUCUGUGGUCAGUUAUUUCGAAUAUCAUUCGAGGCAUGCGUGAAAUUAGAUCAAAUUAUUGUAUGUACUGUACAUUUGUAGAACUUGAUUGAACGAUUUAGAACGCGAUUAGAGAUAGCUGUGUUUUCUGUACAAUACUGAAUUCUAUACUCUAUAUUCAUAAACAACAAAAGCAGAUGUGUCAUUUAAUGACGAAGUAUCGUCUACAAUAAGUGUAAUACAAACUCAUUUGUGCAUUUUCCACACUGGAGUUUCAUGCGAAUACAAUAAUAAUGGAAAUGUACCCUAAUCAAAUAGUACUAUCUAUAAUCAUAUAUUACAAUAUUAACGGAUAUGUGUUUGUUGUAUUAAUGUAAUGUUGCUAUAUGUUUUAUUGUGAAAUCUGUUUGUACAAGAUGUAGAAGAACAUAUCCAAAAGUUUUAUAGCAAACUUUCAUGUUUAUCAUUUACAAAUGUUCAAUUGAUUUUAAAGCAGCGAAUUUAAUCGCAAAUGAUAAUCUGAUUCAAAAAAAACGUGGAUAAUAUUAGGAUGUUAAGCAGUCUGUACAUAACGUUGAGUUAAUUAUCGAUUUAUAUCUGAUAAUUUAUCACUGCAUUCAUAUACACACAACAUACUUCAGCAUAUACACACAGACUACGUAUAUUUGUGAAUUAACAUUAAGAUCUGAAUAAAG